UGGAUCCGUCAAGCCUGAGCGGGCUAUGCAGCAGGCAGAGGGGCGACAGAAAGCCCGGCCGCUUUGGUUUAUGUCCAAUAGCAUCCUUACGUUAAGCCAUUACACAUCGGAGUUACGCCACAGUCAGGGUCAACCACUAGAUAAAACACACAGUAAACAGCAGCGAAUGGCCAGCGCUGGGUCAAGACUGGAGUAUGAUCUUCCAGCUGUGAAGGAUGCCGAAGAAAAAGACGGGUGCGCGUAAGAAAGCCGAAAACCGAAAAGAGCGAGAGAAGCAAAUUCGCGCCAACAGAGAUCAUGUGGAUGUGGCAAAGCACCCCAGCAACACGUCAAUGGAAUGUGACAAGUGCCAAAGGCGGCAGAAGAAUCGGGCUUUCUGCUACUUCUGUGCCUCUGUGCAGAAGUUGCCGAUGUGCGCUCAGUGCGGGAAGACUAAAUGCAUGAAGUCCUCUGACUGUGUCAUCAAGCACCCCGGCAUGCACAGCACCGGCCUCGCCAUGGUGGGGGCAGUGUGCGACUUCUGUGAGGCGUGGGUCUGCCACGGGAGGAAGUGCCUGAGCAGCCACGCCUGCAGCUGCCCACUGUCUGACGCCGACUGCGUGGAGUGCGACCGCAGCGUGUGGGAGCACGGGGGCAGGAUAUUUCGCUGCUCCUUCUGCCAGAAUUUCCUGUGUGAGGAUGACCAGUUUGAACACCAGGCCAGCUGCCAAGUCCUGGAGGCUGAAACAUUCAAAUGUGUUUCCUGCAACCGUCUCGGCCAGCACUCCUGUCUGCGCUGCAAGGCCUGCUUCUGCGACGAUCACACGCGAAGUAAAGUGUUCAAACAGGAGAAGGGGAAGGCGCCCCCCUGUCCCAAAUGCGGCCAUGAAACGCAGGGAACCAAAGACCUCAGCAUGUCCACUCGCACCGUGAAGUUCGGCCGUCAGAGUGGGAUGGACGAUGGGUCUGAGGCCUCAGGCUACGACUCCUACUGGAAGAAUCUGUCUGCCGGGGGCAACGAGGACCAGGAGGGAUACAGUGCAGAUGAAGACUAUGAUGAAGAGGAUGAUGACCUCGAGGAGGAUGAAGAGGAGGAGGAUGAGCAGUCUGAUAGCGAGGUGGCUAAGUCCUUGGCGACAGUUAAUCUCUGAGGAGUCUUCAUCGGGGAGAUCGAGACCCCGCGUCAGGGAGAAGCGACCGUGGGAGCAAGCUGGCCAAAACACACAGCUCUUCACCUCACACACUUCAUUCAGAGUCCCCAAGAUACACUCAUCCCUAAAGCAGCGAGGACCCUUGUUCCUGUAUGUCCCAGUUUAUGUUACAGUCAGACAGGAGGUUCUGAGUACACAGGUCAGUGCUUAGGAGAUUACAUCUAACCUGCAGCUGUCAGCUUCUGGUUUGGUUUAUGCACAUGUGACAUUGUAACACCAUUUGUAGUCGUCUUUGUGAAUGUCAGGCAAAGAUUUGAGAAUAUACAAUUUAAAUAUAUAUAUAUAAUCUCACUGGAUUUUUACUUUGUUUCAGUGCAUGAGUGCAGAGUCAAAGUGGUGGCGCCAAAUUGUGCUUAAUGUUUAUGACCAUGAGUGGAGAAGCAAGGAAUAAAUAUCGGGGAGGUUGUGAUCCUG